AUGUCAAGCAUUCUACCAAAUCAAACUCUUUACGUCCGCAAUUUAAAUGAAAAGAUCAAUAAAGAGGAAUUAAAGAGAUCAUUGUAUGCUCUUUUUUCAGCCUAUGGACGAAUUUUAGAUAUUGUUGCUUUGAAAACUAUAAAAAUGCGCGGCCAAGCUUUUAUUGUUUUCAAGGAAAUUCAAAGCGCUACGGCAGCUAUGAGAGGACUUAAUGGCUUUAAUUUUUACGAUGUGCCUAUGCAAAUAGAAUACGCAAAAGGAAAGUCAGAUGCCGUUGCGAAAUUGGAUGGGACAUGGAAACGACCUGGUACUGUUUCUCAACGUACAUCAACGUUAGGUCAACCUGUCACAUCCGCGCCUGCUGUGAAAAGACAAAGAGAGGAAGAAGUGGAUCACAAGAGACCUGCGAAUGGUGAAAAAGGAAGAGAUAUGGAAUUAGAACCUGAAAUUGAAAUGGAUGAAAGUGAUGUGUCAAUGGUUCCUACUGCACCAAAAGGUGAAGUAGAACCCCAAAAUAGAAUAUUGUAUAUACAAAAUUUGCCACCGGAUGUUACUGACGAAAUGUUGAGCUACCUGUUUGAACAGUAUCCUGGUUUCAAAGAAGUUCGUCUUGUCCCUGGAAAAUCAGACAUCGCGUUUGUGGAAUAUGAGGCUGAUCACCAAGCUGCUGUGGCUAAAGAAGUUUUAAAUGGUUUUAAAAUUACUCACGAAAAGGAAAUGAAAGUAACAUUUGCAAAGAGAUAA